UUCAAUUUCUCAACUAAAUUUCAAAACACAUGGAGAGAAAGCAGCAGCCCAACCCCAACCCCAAAACCAACCAUAACCAUAAUAACAAAACCAUGGGUCAGGCUCAGGCUCAGGCUCAGGCCAGCUCUAGGAAGGGCUGCAUGAGGGGCAAGGGCGGCCCUGAGAACGCUGCUUGCACUUUCAAAGGCGUCCGCCAGCGCACCUGGGGCAAAUGGGUCGCCGAGAUUCGCGAGCCGAAUCGCGGGGCUCGCCUCUGGCUCGGCACCUUCGACACUUCCCAAGAAGCUGCCGUGGCCUAUGACGCUGCCGCCAAGAAGCUCUACGGCUCUGAAGCUAAGCUCAACCUUCCCCAAAUCUCUGCUGCGCAGCCGGUUGCUACUAAUCCCCCGGUCUCAAAUAAUAAUGAUAUUGCUUCUUCCAGUGCCACGCCAAACUCGUGCCCUACCAAGACGAUGUCUCGACUGGAGGAGUUUGGAGGGCUCUGGGGGAACGAGAACGUGAACGUGGACGACUCAAUAUGGAAGGAGGCACUGAUGUCUUUGGACUUUCCCAUCAUUGAAGAUGAACAAGGGUUUUUCUUCGAUGGAGUGAGCACUUGGGACACCUUGCACUGGUGCAUCUAAUUUCUCCUACACAGCUAUAAAAAGUUGUAAAUAAGUAUAUUACAACUUUUUAUGUUAAAUAUUGAGUUAAUUAUCAUGAGCUAAACCAGGGGUAUUUUACCUAUGUAUAUGUUUGUGUGUAUGUGUGUACUACUCGAUCUCCAGGAAGGAUAAAAAUAAGCUUUUUUUUAGAUUUUCAAA